UUCACUUCAGUCUCACAGUGAUGGAGGGCAACAGGUGUGCGCACGUCAAUCCAGGUGUCUGUGACCCGUCCUUCAAACACCCACACCGGGCGGCUUUGAUUCUGGCACGCGGUGGCAGUAAAGGAAUCCCACUGAAGAACAUCAAGGUUCUGGCUGGAGUUCCUCUCAUCGGAUGGGUCGUGAGAGCUGCUUUGGAUUCAGACGUCAUUGACAGUGUUUGGGUGUCUACUGAUCACGAUGAGAUUGAACGUGUUGCUAGAAUCUGGGGAGCAAAAGUUCAUCGGCGCAGUCCUGAAGUUUCCAGAGACUCCUCCAGCUCACUGGAGACCAUCCAAGAGUUCAUCCGGCUAAGACCUGAGGUGGACAUUGUUUGUCAUAUUCAGGCAACCUCUCCAUGUCUGCACCCGUAUCAUAUCAGAGAAGCUCUGCAGAUGAUCACUGAACAGGGUUAUGAAUAUGUGUUCUCAGCAGUACGCAGACAUCAGUUUCGCUGGAGUGAAGUAAACAAGAAAGAGGGUAAAAGCACGUCUCCCAUCAACAUCGACCCAGCAUACAGACCACGACGUCAAGACUGGGCCGGAGAGCUCUAUGAAAAUGGAUCUUUCUACUUUUACACGAGAGAAGUUCUGGAAAGAAGCCUUCAUCAGAUGAAUAAGAGGGCCUACUAUGAGAUGCUCCCAGAACACAGUGUUGACAUUGAUGUGGAUAUAGAUUGGCCGGUGGCUGAGCAAAGAGUUUUGAGGUUUGGAUAUUUUGGAGGAAAAAAGAAAACAGAGGUUAGGUUCUUUUUGUGCAGAGUAUCUGGCUGUCUGACAAACGGACAGUUAUACAUGUCUGUUUCAGGAGAGCAGUUUGUUGCCAUCAAUGGCCGAGACCUGGCGGGCAUUCGAAUGCUGCAGAAGGAAGACAUCAAGGUGAUUCUUAUAUCCAGUGUGAAUGAGACGGUGUCCAAGUCUCUGCUGAAAACCAUUUCCCAGCAGACAGGUUGUGACAUCAAACUGGAGAUUGAGAAGACAGGUCUGGAGUGUCUGAUGAAAGAGACAAACAUGAAAAAGGAAGAGGUGGCCUUUAUGGGUGCAGAAUGUGAAGAUGUGGAGAUCAUGACCCAGGUGGGGCUGAAUGCUGUACCUCCUGAUGCACCUGUGUCACACCUUAUGGCAGCUGACUUCACCUGUCAAAGGCCAGCGGGUCAUGGGGUUGUUUUUGAGUUUGCUCAGUACAUCCUGCAAAUGAAGAAAAAGACAGAGUCGCAACACAGCCAAGAAAGCAUUGACAGGAUUAACUUCUAACCAUAAAGGGGGUUUCCCAGACAGGGCUUAUCUUAGUCCCAGACUAAAAUGCAUGUUUGAGCUACUUUAAUUUCAAAACACCUUGUACUGACAUAUUUUAAUACAUACCAGUGCCAUUUGUCUCAAGAUGUACACCAGAAUAGUUUAUUGUAAGGUUUGUUUGUAGCCUAGUCCUGGAUUAUUCCGAACCCUGUCCUGGAAACCGCCCCUUAAAAGGUUAAAUGCAGAAGUUAUAUUUCGAGUAUGCAUUCAGUACUUUAGUGUUUCACAUAUGUAUACACUGCUAAGGGUAUAAAUGGAAAUAAAAUACAAAAUACUGUGUGGAAAAUUAUUGAAAUUUUUUUAGUAUUUUGUUGUU